AUGGUUCGUGUGAAACUAACACCAGUUGAAGACGAGUACACCAAGAAUCCAGAUAUCAGACCAGAAGACAUACGGAAAUUACGAGAAUGGCUUGAAACCCAGCCCCACUUACCUGGACAAUAUAUCACUGAUUUAGACUUGGUCCUUGCAUAUCACAGCUGCGAAUGUAGUGCGGAGGUGAGCAAGCAGGUGUUGGAUCUUCACUACACGCUAAGGACAUUGUUUACAUCAUUCUGUCAUAAUAGAGUUUUGGACCAGAGGCUACGGACUACUCUCGACACAGUACUGGUGCAGCCACUUUCCACACCAUCGGUGCAUGGCUACCGCACGUUUUACUGUCGACUUACCAACCCUGAAGCGAGAUAUUUUAUCUUCUCUGAUGUCAUUAAGCUGUUCUUAAUGAUUUUUGAUUUGUGUCAAUAUGAGGAAGGCAUUUGGCCCGGAUUUGUUUUAAUGAUAGACAUGGACCAGGCAACGCUGGGUCACAUCGCGAAGCUGGACGUGAUGACUAUUAGACAAGUGCUGUAUUUCCUUCAGGAAUGUAUGCUGGUAAGAUUAAAAGAAGUACACUUUCUAAACGCACCGAGCUUCAUGGAUAAACUAAUGAUGCUGUUAAAACCAUUUAUGAAGAAGGAACUGUUAGAUAUCCUCCGAAUACAUCAACGAGAUUCAAGCACACUCAAAGCGUUUGUAGACAAAGACUCUUUACCUAAGGAAGCGGGAGGUCAAUUUGAGAGUGUCAGCAAAUUAAAAGAAGAACAGUUCCACCGUAUAGAGGAUAAUCUGGACUUGUUCACUGAGGAAAGUAAAAAGCGUGUAGAUGAAGCUCUUCGCCCAGGCAAGAAGACUACGAUAGAAGAUAUCUUCGGUAUCCAGGGUAGCUUCAAGAAGCUUGACAUCGACUAA